AUGCCAGGCCCUCUGUCCCUCUUCUCCCAAAUACUACUCGGCACCGCACCCCCCGCCGGCGCAGCGCCCAACUCGACCGAUUUCCCCGGCGCCAAUCCCUAUCCGACGGUCAAGGAGCAGCGGUCAUUUGAGAAGGGGCUGCUCGAGAAAACCAACAAGUCUGCCAGUGACGUGAUCUUGUACGACAACCGCAUUGUCGUGUUCAAGAUGGAGAGCGAUGUGAUGCUGUACGUGGUCGGGAGCGCCGACGAGAACGAGGUCUUGCUGUACAAUGUGGUACUUUCACUACGGGAUGCUCUGGGAAUCCUUUUCAAGGGCGCAACCGACAAGCGGACCAUUGUCGAGAACUACGACCUGGUCUGCCUGACCAUUGACGAAACCAUCGACGACGGAAUCAUUCUCGAGACGGACCCUGUCCUGAUCGCUUCGCGGGGUCUGCUGAAUGCCUGGGAGUUUGGCAAGCGCCGUCUUGCGGAGGGACUGCGGCAUAUGUAG